UUUGUCUUCACAUUUUCUUCUUCUUCUCAUCACUACUUUUCUUCAAUGAUAUGAAGUUAUGAACGAUAAAGUAUACAAAAGAAUCAAGUAAAUUCUAUAAGUAGUCCACGAACUACCUUAGGCGAAGAUAAGUAAAGGGUCAGUAAUGUAUGAGUAGGGAGCCCUAUAAGUCGGAUCCAAGUUGACGUGCAAGAAAAGACAUUAGUUCUCCAUGACUAGGGGUGUCGAAAUGGGUCAUGACCCAUGGGUUGACCGAACCCAAAUUGACCCAUUAAUCCAAAUGAACUGUUUAUUUUUGAUCCAAUGGGUUAAUGAGUUAAUAGCUACGUAGCAUGGAAUCGUUGGUGGUCAUGCGUUUCGUGCUUCCGAAGCGGAACAGGAAACGGAACCGCUCGGAAUCGCUCGGAAUCGUCAUGGAAUCACGUUUCGGAUAGUGAGACGUUUGGAACCGUAAUGGAAGCACGCGAUUCCGGAUUGGAAGCGUCGAUGGCUAGUUGACGGAAGCGUCGAUGGAUAGUUGACGGAAGCGUCGAUGGAUAUAUGUUCAAAAAACUGAAAAUUAUUUUGGGCUUUUAAAUUUUGAUUUGUUUUGUGAAUAUGUGAUCCAAUUAGCCCAUUAUAAUAACAAAGUCCCAGUUACCAAAUAAGCUAAAAAGAUUAAAACUCUUGAAAUUCAGUUACUGCACGAAGCAGUUCUGAUAUUUCUUCAAGUUCAACAUUUUAUCCAGAUUCUGAGAGAAGAGAAGCAAAGGUACGUAACUCAUAUAUAUAUAUAAAUACUCAGUUAUUGUGCUUUGUUUGAUGUGUUGUCACUUGAUUGUCUUUUAUGCAUGUGGUUUGCAUAUUCUAUUGUUUGAUCGUGAGUGUAUUAAAGUCAUGGCUGCACUUUUCUGGUUUUCAAUUUCAGUGCAAGGAAUAUUUUAAAUAUAGUAUUAUUAUUAGUUGCUUUGUGUACGUAGCUUUGUGUGAUAUUGUUGUAGUCUUUUGCAAUUUUAUGUUUCAUAUUUGUAUUAUGUUUGGUAAAUUAAGAUAUUAUAUAUUAGUAUUCAUAUAACUUUUUCACAGGACUAAUGUCUCAAGAUCCUCUAAACAUUGAUGAGUCCUCGAACGUGGAUGACAAGGCACCUUUGUGGAUCUAUGUGAACAAAAUUGAGAAGUUAGCUGGAGGAGGAUCAUGGAGGUUUGAAUGCAAGUUCUGCAGUAAUUCAUAUGUUGGAUCUCAUAGUAGAGUUAUGACUCAUCUGCUGCAAGAGGGAAAAGGAAUUAAAGGAUGCUUGAAAGUCACUCCUCAACAAAGAGUUAACCUGAAAAAGCUAGUUGAUAAUUGCAAAGAGUGGUUAAAGCGUGCAACUUCCAAAGCAGUUCCACUUCCUUCGUCAUCAAGGAACAUGUCUAGUUCUUCUCUUGAUUAUGAUAUGAGCUACAAAGUUCCAAAUGCAACUGAGUCUGAUCCAAAGAAGAGAAAGGGUCCUUUGGAAAAAGCAUUUCAGAAUGAAGCUAGGGAGCAAUGUGAUGGGGAGGUAUCUAGGAUGUUCUACACAGGUGGUCUGUCUUUUAACCUUGCAAGAAAUCCUCACUACCGCAAUUCAUAUGUGCGUGCUUCCCAAAUUCCAGGAUAUGUUCCACCCGGGUAUAAUGCAUUGAGAACUACACUUCUUCAAAAGGAAAGAAAGAACAUUGAGAUGCAUUUGCAACCUUUGAAGAACACAUGGAAACAAAAAGGAGUGAGUAUAUGUAGUGAUGGUUGGUCAGAUCCACAACGAAGACCAAUAUUUAACUUGAUUGCUGCAAAUGAGAGUGGUCCAAUGAUGUUAAGGGCGAUCAAUACUCAUGGUGAGACAAAAACCGGUGAGAUGAUUGCAGAGCUGAUCAUAGAAGGCAUAAAGGAGGCUGGGCAUGAAAAUGUGGUUCAAGUUGUCACUGACAAUGCUUCAAACUGUGUAAAAGCUGGUGCGCUUAUUUCAGCCAAGUUUCCUACUAUUUUCUGGACACCAUGUGUGGUUCAUACCUUGAACCUUGCUCUGAAGAAUAUAUGUUCACCAUUACUGAGCACAAGAAAUAAUGAAGCGGUGUAUGAUGCUUGUUACUGGAUAAAGUCUAUCAGUGAAGAUGUGAAUUGGAUCAAGAAUUAUAUUAUGAAUCACGGGAUGAGGCUUGUAAUGUUCACUGAGCAUUGUGAUCUUAAGCUCCUCACAAUUGCUUCUACAAGGUUAGUUUUCUAUAUUUUUAAUUGAGAGCUUACUUAUAUUCUUAAUCUUUAAGUUAAUAAUCAUUAGUUUUAUUUUUACAGGUUUGCUUCCAUGGUUGUAAUGUUAAAGAGAUUCAAAAAAAUAAAGACCGGGUUACAACAAAUGGUCAUCAGUCCUAAAUGGGAUGACUAUAAAGAAGACGGUGUAGAGAGAGCAUCUGCAGUGAAGAAAAAGAUAUUAGAUGAGUUGUUUUGGGAGGAGCUUGAAUAUGCUUUAUCUUUCACUUUGCCCAUCUAUAGCGUGAUUAGAGCUGCUGAUACUGAUAAACCUUCUCUUCAUCUGGUUUAUGAAUGGUGGGAAAGUAUGAUUCAGAAUGUCAAGAGAGCAAUCUUCAAAAAAGAAAGGAAACAACUUAAUGAAGAUUCCGUCUUUUGGACUGCGGUGCACUUGAUUUUGACUUCUCGUUGGAGUAAGAGUAAUACUCCUCUUCAUUGUAUGGCACAUUCUCUAAACCCCAAGUAAGUUUAUAAAUCUGUUUUUAUUAUGUUUUUCUUAUCAACUUAUAAAAUGGUAAAAUUGGUUUUUGAUCAGUAAAAUUUUAAUUGUUAUAUAUAUUUGUUGGAUGCAGGUACUAUAGUUCAGAGUGGCUUGGAGAAGAAGACAGUAGAAAAGCUCCACAUCAAGAUUUGGAGGUUACUAGAGAAAGAAAAAAUUGCAUCAUAAAGUAUUUUCCAAAUCAAGAUGAAAGGAGAGAGGUUAACGUUGAAUAUUCUAACUUCUCUUUAUGCAUGGAGGACUUUGGUAGUGUUAAAGUGAUUCAUGAUAGGUUUAUCUUAGAACCUUUGAGAUGGUGGGCAGUUCAUGGAUCUUCGGCACCAAAACUUCAAAUCUUAGCAUUCAAGUUACUUGGAUAACCAUCUUCAUCCUCAUGCUGCGAAAGGAAUUGGAGUACAUACAAGUUCAUUCAUUCUGCUAUAAGAAACAAGAUUGUUCCCCAAAGAGCGGAAGAUUUAGUAUUUGUGCAUACUAACCUCCGUCUUCUAUCAAGAAGAAGCUCUUCUUAUAAAGAAGGCCCUAGCUGUAUGUGGGAUGUAGGAAGUGAUCAAUUUGAUUCGCUGGAUGAGAUUAAUUUGGGAAGACUUGAGUUUGAAGAUCUUUCUCUUGAUGAACCAAAAUUGGAAGCUGUUUUGUUUGGUGGAGAUGGGGAAAAUGAGAACAAUGAUGAGUUCGAUAUUUGACUUGAAGCUUGAAUUUUUUUUUAUGUUAUGUUGAGUUUUUUUUUGUUAACUUUUAUGUUGAAUUUCAUUAUUUAAAUUAUGUGUUAGAUUUUUAUUAUUAUUAUUUUUAUUUUAUUAAGUGCUUCAAUAUUAUAUAUAUAUAUAUAAACGCUUCCAACACGUAUCCGCUUCCUAAAUAUUUUAAAAUUUUCGCUUCUAUGCUUCCUUACGCUUCCUCUUCCCCGUCCCCGCUUCCGAUUCCAUGCAGCAUAGGUUAAUAGGUUAAUGAGUUAACAGGUUAAUGAGUUAAUAGGUUAAUGGGUUAACAUGUUAAAUAAGUCUAUUGGGUUGGGUCAACUCUGACCCAUUUAGUUUUCAAUUAAAAAACCAUUAAUAAACCUAAUUCUCUUCCAAACCUAGGAUUCAAUUUUACUUUCUCUAUCGUUGCAUCGAUCUGAUUUUGUUUUUCCCGCCAAAAUCACAAAAACGCGUUUUCUCGCCAAAAUCGCAAAAAACAGGUUUCCCCGCCAAAACCGAAAAAUGUGUUUUUUCCGCCAAAAUCGCAAAACACGUUUUUCCCGCCAAAACAGCAAAACAUGUUUUCCCGCCAAAACCCAAAAAUGUGUUUUCCCGCCAAAACCGCAAAAAUGUGUUUUCCCGCUAAAAUCACAAAAACACGUUUUCCCGCCAAAACUGCAAAAAUUCAUUUUCCCGCCAAAAUUGCAAAAACUCGUUUUCCCGCAAAAAAUGUGUGUUUCCGCCUAAAUCGCAAAAACGCGUUUUUCCGUCAAAACCGCCAACUUGGUCUUAACUUAAAAAUGAUUCAUUAUAAAGAUGUUGAAUUGAUGGGUCGACUAUUAACCCAUCUGAUCCAUUUAAUUUAAUGGAUCAUGGGUCAACUCAAUCCAUUUAUUGAAUGAGUUGGGUUGACCGAUGACCCAUUAACAAUAAACUCAUUUGGUUAUGGGUUGGUUGACCCGUUUGACCCAUUUUGACACUCUUAUCCAUGACUGAUAUAUUAUUAGUCCACACUCUAAAUAAUCAAAACCAAGAAACGGGAAUCAUAAAUUACUAGCUAAAUGUACAUAGUCAUAAUUAAUAGAAAUACAAAUAUGAAAACUCUGACCAAUAAACACAGAAACUGUAAAAAAAAAAUUACAUCCAAUAUAAGGAAGUAAACAUUGAUUUAAAAAAAAUAUAUUUAUAGUCUUGUAUAAAGCUUCAAAAGCGAUCUAACAUGAGAAAAUUUUGGACGUACCGAUGUAAAGACCAAAACAGU